AUGUCGAAUUGUACAGCAGUACUGUGUACGAAUCCGAUUGAUGUCGUCAAAGUGCGCAUGCAACUUCAGCACGAGUUACGGGGGACAAUACAGUAUCAUGGUCUCUUACGAGGUGCGAUAAAAAUUGUGCAAAAUGAAGGACUUUUAACGUUAUGGUCUGGAGUGGAACCAGCACUUUGGAGAGAAGCAUCCUAUAGCACGAUUCGCAUGGGCGCUUACGAACCAAUUAAAGAAUUAUUACACGCUGAAGGAUAUGUACCAUUAUGGAAGAAAAUCAUGGCAGGCGCGAUAUCCGGUGGAGUUGGCGCUUGCCUCACUUCUCCUACAGAUCUCAUAAAAAUACGACUACAAGCGCAGCGUGGACAAAAGAACUACAUUUAUUCUUCCACAAUUUCUGCAUUUCGGCAUAUAUAUCGUGAGGAAGGUCUGCGCGGUUUAUACCGUGGUGUUGGUCCAACAACUCAGCGAGCAAUCAUAGUAACCGCUUCGCAAAUCGCCAGUUACGAUGAAACCAAGCAUCUCCUUCUUUCCUACACAAAAGAAGGUGUGCUCAUCCACUUUCUUGCAGCCAUGUCAGCAGGAUUCGUUGCUGCCGUCACAACAUCUCCCAUAGACUUGAUUAAAUCCCGAAUAAUGAAUGCGCCUUCUGGACGAUAUCGAAGCGUCAUCGAUUGCGGAAGACAAGUAUUAAGAGCUGAAGGACUACGAGGAUUUUAUACGGGAUUUGUUCCGGUAUGGCUUAGAAUCGGUCCUCACACAAUGGUCACAUUUCUUGUUUUUGAACAGCUGCGACGGUUGGCGGGCAUGAAACCCAUAUAG